AACUGCCCGGGGGGCGGGAAGCGGGGAUCCUUCCCCGGCCGCAAAUCCACGAAGAAAGCAGCGAAUGAAGAUGAAGAAGAGGACGGGGAGUCACGGUCCUCGGGGUCCCCCUCCAACUGCUUCGGUUUCGUCGCCUACUCGGUGAACUCCGGGGAGAAACCGCGACUCAAGAUAAAGACCUCAACCCACCAGCCUGCCGAUUGCUGCACCUCCCGGUCCGACCGCUCUCCGUCCCCCUCUCUGUCCCUCUCUCCGUCCCCCUCUCCGUCGCCCUCGCCCAGAAAGCUCCGGUGCUUGGACCAGCGGGACUCGGACAGGAGGGACUCGGAACAGGAGGAGCGGCGCGAACGCCACUCUAAAAGGAGGAGGGCUAGAGAGGGCAACCCCAACGCUACGCUUGACUUUCUGUGGCUGGGAACACCUUCCACCAUGGCCACCUCAGCAAGUUCCCACUUAAACAAAGGCAUCAAGCAGGUGUAUAUGUCCCUGCCUCAGGGUGAGAAAGUCCAAGCCAUGUAUAUCUGGAUCGAUGGUACCGGGGAAGGACUGCGCUGCAAGACCCGCACCCUGGACUGCGAGCCCAAGUGCGUGGAAGAAUUGCCUGAGUGGAAUUUCGAUGGCUCUAGUACUUUACAGUCUGAAGGCUCCAACAGUGACAUGUAUCUCGUGCCUGCUGCCAUGUUUCGGGACCCCUUCCGCAAGGACCCCAACAAGCUGGUGUUAUGUGAAGUUUUCAAGUACAAUCGAAAGCCUGCAGAGACCAAUUUGAGGCACACCUGUAAACGGAUAAUGGACAUGGUGAGCAACCAGUACCCCUGGUUUGGAAUGGAGCAGGAAUAUACUCUCAUGGGGACAGAUGGGCACCCCUUCGGCUGGCCUUCCAAUGGCUUCCCUGGGCCCCAGGGUCCGUAUUACUGUGGUGUGGGAGCAGACAGAGCCUACGGCAGGGAUAUCGUGGAGGCUCAUUACCGAGCCUGCUUGUAUGCUGGAGUCAAGAUUGCGGGCACUAAUGCCGAGGUCAUGCCUGCCCAGUGGGAAUUCCAAAUUGGACCCUGUGAAGGAAUCAGCAUGGGAGAUCAUCUCUGGGUGGCUCGUUUCAUCUUGCAUCGCGUGUGUGAAGACUUUGGAGUGAUAGCAACCUUUGAUCCCAAGCCCAUUCCUGGGAACUGGAAUGGUGCGGGCUGCCACACCAACUUCAGCACCAAGGCCAUGCGGGAGGAGAAUGGUCUGAAGUACAUCGAGGAGGCCAUCGAGAAACUCAGCAAGCGGCACCAGUACCACAUUCGCGCCUACGAUCCCAAGGGGGGCCUGGACAACGCCCGGCGCCUCACUGGAUUCCACGAAACCUCCAACAUCAACGACUUUUCCGCUGGCGUCGCCAACCGUAGCGCCAGCAUCCGCAUUCCCCGGACUGUCGGCCAGGAGAAGAAGGGCUACUUUGAAGACCGCCGUCCCUCUGCCAACUGCGACCCCUUUUCGGUGACAGAAGCCCUCAUCCGCACAUGUCUUCUCAAUGAAACUGGCGACGAGCCCUUCCAGUACAAAAACUAAGUGGACUAGACUUGCAGCUGUUGAGCCCCCCCUGGUUCUCCAUCCCACCCCAAAUCUCCCCCCUCCCUGUUGUCCCAGUUGUAACUCAAAGGGUGGAAUAUCAAGGUCUUUUUUUAUUCCUUGUGCCCAGUUAAUCUUGCUUUCUUUGGCUAAGAUAGAGGGGUCAAGUUCUUAAUCUCUUUGCACCCACCCUCCUCUUUCCCUAUCACUGAAGCUUUCUAGUGCGUUAGUGGGUGGGGUGGGAGGGACGUAACCACUGGUUCCAUUUAAUGGGGUGUGCUUGUCCAGUAGGCAUAGCUGUCCAGACGGAGCACGUUUGCAGGAGAGGGAGGAGUUUUUCUUUGAGGUAGUCGAAAGGAGAAGGCUUGGCCUACCACUCCAGGUCAGAACUUCCCUUCUUGGUAGAAAAGUCUCUUAGAACCAACUUUCUGGAAACAAUGGGAAGUGGGAGAGAAAGUAGGGAUUGGGGAUCAGGGAGGAGUAUGCCCUUGGUCUCUGGCCACGCUUCCCUUGCCUGGGGCCAAAUGCCCUCCCGUCAACACAGAGCUGAGCAAACUGAUGGCUAGCCCUACCUUAAAAGAAGAAAAGGUUCUUAUUGCUUGGUCCUCCUUUAUAACACAAAGCAGAGUAGUAUUUUUAUAUUUAAAUGUAAAAACAAAAAAAUUAUAUAUAUGGGGGUGUGGAUUAUGUGUGUUUUCCUAAAGAUGAAAACCAUCUGGGUCACAGGGAGCCAAAGUAAAGCAGACAGUCUGGUUUGGAGAUGAGUCUCUUUUGAGGGGGAGGUGGGGGGAAAGGGUGCUUGGAGAGUUGGUGAUUUGGGGUUAAUUCCUUGUUGCCACUUGAGGGUUUCUCUGCCCUGCCCUCCCUCCAGAGGAGGUGGGCAGUGCUCGGUUGAUGGGUGGACGCAGGUUAGCUAGCAGCCACUUGGUCCGCAGGGCUCUGUUUUCAAAGACACAUGUACUUGUCCACACACGGGUUUAGAAAUGAGUUGGCUGGUCAACUUGAGCAUGUUACUGACGGGAUGUUGGGGUUAUUUUCUGGUGGGAAUAGCAUGUCACUAAAGCAGGCCUUUUGAUAUAUUAAAAAUUUUUUAAAGCAAAAUAGAAGUUUUAGAGUUUAAUCAGAUUUGUAGGGUUUCUAAGUAAUUUUACGUAAUUGCUUAUUUGUUUCAACUGUGUCCUUCCACCUCUGCUCUUGGAGGAGAGGGAGACAGGGCUGUUGGCAGACCUUGUGAUUUUGUAUCCUGGUGUCUUCUCCCAGUGCAAAAUACUCCUUUCCUUUGUUAAGAUGCUGAGGAGUUAUUUUUUCUUUUAUAAUAAAAAACUCACCUUCAUCCUCAAAUUUCCCCUCCUGUUCUGUGGUGGGUUUUAUGUUGGCAGCAGGCCAGCCAUGGUUUUCUCUUGCCAUGAUGACUUCUGAUUGCCAUGUACAGUAUGUUCAGAGUUAGAUAACACCUCAUUGUAAACAAACUGUGUAACUGCCCAGAGCAGCACUUAUAAAUCAGCCUAACAUUUAUAAGA